GUGUGAGAAGAUGACUCUUGCUGUGAUACAACCUGUGAAUAAGACUUUAGGGCUUGAUUAGCAUAUGGCUGAUGAUGGUGAAGCCUGUAUUGUAGCACACCAACACCCUGGAUGUACCGUGAUCCCCAUACAGAGAAACAACCUGAACUCUGGGAUACCUCACUUAGUUUCAGAUCUGAGUUUCUGAGACAGUCUUGCCCAGGGAACAGGGCUCCAAUUCAAAAUCAGCUGAUUCACCAAGACAACUCUGCAGGCAGAGCUGGCAGAAUAGAACUUCAACUUAUCUCCAUGGCCCACCAAAACUUGUUCUCAAAGAUCUUCUGUUUGUGCUGCAGAGACUGUGAGGAACUCAAUACAGUAGAUGACUCCAAUGUGCCCAAUCAAACCCAAAAGCAUCAACCAUCACCUUAUGGUUUGCAGAGUCAGAAGAAUAAUCUUGACAAACAAAAGACCAAGCACACUAAAUCAGCCUCCUGCUUGCCUUUGGAACAACCCCUAAUCUCUCCAGAAAAGAGAGACUCUUCCUCUAGCAACAGCUAUGAGUUUGAAGAUGUGUAUACGCACAUCUCCCAAAGUGGUUUUCACAAGAGAAACCUAAACCGCUACUCUCAGGCCCACUGGCCCUACCAGUCAUGCCUCAUUGGGAGACCCUGAGCUUUCUAGUGAAAGCCGCCAUGCUGGUUUCUAAGCCUGCACAGUGGCUGGGAUAGUUCUAGGAGGGAGACAACAGUGAGCAGGGGCCAUGAAGACUGAUUCGGAAACUCCUACGGAAGAGAAGAUGUCUGAGCCAUCCCUGUGCCAUAACACUCACCUCAGCCCCUGCAGAAGCCUCUGUGGGGGGUGAAGCUGCCUCCAAUUAAAAUCCCUGGUGAUAUUGCA